AUGCAGCUGAAGCACGAAGAGACCACCGGAGGCGUUGCCCCGGUCGUCGAGACUAGCACCGUCUCCUCCGGCUUCGAGAAGACCGUGCCCCUCAGCUCCAUCUCCGGCCCAACCUACGUGACGAGCCAGCUCCUCGUCCAGCAGGCUGCUUACAAGCUUUCCGACAAGAUCUUCUCCUUCUCCCCCGAGACCUUCGACCUCGAUGCGGCCGUCAAGGACUGGUCGCAAGCCCAGGAGAAGAACAUCCAUGGCGAGACCACCACUGUUGUCCCUCUCCAGACCAGAGCCGGUGCCGGCACCUUUGCGCUUGGUUACAUCUUCUCCAAGGACUUUGACCUCAGCAAGAGGCGCAUUCCCCAGACCCUCCUUGCCCCCUCUCUGAGCCUCCGGCACUUGCGCGCGGCCUUGGACCAACUGUCUCUCCUCUAUGGCGUCUCGAGCCCCUUCGUUGCCCACGUCGCCGCUGCCGACUACUCCAAUAGCGAUGGCCUCAUCACCGAGUACGAGAGCGCCCUUCAGCUGGCUGAGGACCUUGGUCUCGGUCUCGUCUCGACCUCCUCGGCUCAGGAGGUCCAGCACAUGGCUCUCUUCGCCACUCUUCUGGCUUCCCUUCUGCCUACCCUCCACGUCUACGACGGUCUCCGCACCGCCAGGGAGACUUUGAGGGUGGUGGAUGCGCUCAGCGAGUCCAGCAUUGCCGAGGUCUACAAGUGCAUCUCCCAGGAGGCUGGUGCCCUGAACAAGAGGUUGGACACCGCUGGCAAGGUUGUCGAGCUUUUGCGCCUGUUCAACAGCCAGCUCGGCACUUCGUAUGCUCCUUUUGAGUACCACGGUCACGAGGCCGCUGAGACUGUCCUUGUUGUCUUUGGCAGCGCCGAGGCUCAGCUUGCCAAGCAGGUCGUUGAUACUUUGGCUGCUCAGGGCCAGAAGGUUGGUGCUCUCAAUGUCCGCAUCUACCGCCCAUUCAUCGAAGAGGCUUUCCUCGAGGCCCUCCCGGAUUCGGUUCGCCAGAUUGCCGUUCUUGGCCAAGUCCGUGAUGCUUCGGCUGUGGAGGAUGCCUCUGUCCAGUCUGCCCUCUACUCUGAUGUCCUGACUGCGGUCACCUUUGCCGAUAGAUGGUCGCAAGAGCCUGCUGUCGUUGAUUUCAAGUACCCUGCCUCCGCCGUCCACACCCCCAGCUCCAUCGCCACUGUUCUCAGCAAGAUCACCAGCAAAGACGAUCACGCCGAGGUCUCCUUGACCUUGAGCUCCCUUGAGCAGGCCCAGCAGUACAUCUUCUGGGAUGUCGACAACUCCGAGGCCGUUGCCUCGGCUUCCGUCCUUGGCAGGCUCCUCUCUCGCGAGUCGUUCAACAACAUCUCGGUUCACGAGACUUACAACAGCCUCAUCCAGGGUGGUGUUGUCCGCACUGAGAUCAGGAGUUCCGAGAAGCCAGUCGAUGCUCCUUUCGCUGUCGAGGAGGCGGAUGUUGUUUUCGUUGGCGAGGAGAAGCUUCUCAAGGAGGUUGCUAUCGUCAAGAGUGUAAAGGCUGGCGGCAAGUUGGCCGUUCGUCUGCCCAACUUCAAGGCUGAGGAGAUCGAGAAGCGCAUCCCUGCCUCCGUCAGAAAGGAGAUCCAGGAGAAGAGCCUCCAGCUCUUUGCUCUUGACUCUUCCUUCUCCCCCGCUUUGGAGAACCGCGCGCAGCUUCUUGCCGAGCUUGCCUUCUUGCAGGUCGCUCGCCCUGACCUUGAGGCUGAGAAGCUCGUCAAGCUUGGUGGCCUCUCUGGCGACCAGGUCACUCUCGUUGAGGUUGCCGAUGCCCUCGCCCAAGCCCUUCACAAGGUUGAGGUUCCCGCUACCUGGGCUGAGGAGGACGCCGCUGCCAUCUCUCUUGUAGAGGAGCUCAAGCCCACCAGCUUUGUUGCCUUUGACAAGAGGGAGGCUGAGUCGGCUCUGCAGGUCAGCACCUGGCAGGAGAUUGCCAAGGGUCUUGCUUUCCAGGAGGCUUACAGCCUCAAGACUGAGCUUCGCCCUGAUCUCACCGUGAAGACUCACACCAUCCACGUCAAGGAGAACCGCAGACUCACUCCCCUCACCUACGAUCGCAACAUCUUCCACAUCGAGUUCGAUCUCGGCACCUCUGGCCUCACCUACAACAUCGGCGAGGCGCUCGGCAUCCACGCCGAUAACGACCCCAAGCAGGUCCAGGACUUCAUUGAGUGGUACGGUCUUAACGGUGAUGACCUUGUCCAGGUCCCCUCGCGCGAGAACCCGGCUGUCUUCGAGACUCGUACCAUCUACCAGUCUCUCCUCCAGAACAUCGACAUUCUCGGCAAGCCUCCCAAGCGCUUCUUCGAGUCCCUCGCCGAGUUCGCCACCGAUGAGGCUGAGAAGAAGAAGAUCGAGUUCCUCGGCAGCAAGGAGGGUGCCGAAGAGUUCAAGAAGCUCUCCGAGGUUGACACCGCCACCUACGUUGAUGUCUUCCAGACCUUCAAGUCGGCUCACCCAUCCUUCCCUGACCUUGUCCGCAUCGUCUCCCCUCUCAAGCGCAGAGAGUACUCCAUCGCGUCUGCUCAGGCCGUCACUCCCACUUCCGUUGCUCUGAUGAUUGUCGUCGUCGACUGGGUUGACAGCCAGGGCCGCACCCGCCAGGGUCAAGCCACGCGCUACCUCUCUGGUCUCAAGCCCGGCACCCCCGUCAUCGCCUCCGUCAAGCCCUCGGUCAUGAAGCUGCCGCCCAAGGACACGGCUCCCUUGAUCAUGGCCGGUCUCGGUACCGGUCUUGCUCCCUUCCGUGCCUUUGUCCAGUACCGCGCUAUGCAGAAGGCUCAGGGCAAGGAGAUUGGUUCCAUUCUCUUGUAUCUCGGUUCCCGUCACCGCAGAGAGGAGUACCUCUAUGGCGAGGAGUGGGAGGCGUACAUGGACGCCGGCGUGCUCACCCUCCUCGGCGCUGCCUUCUCUCGUGACCAGCCUGAAAAGAUCUACAUUCAGGAUCGCAUGAGGCAGACGAUGAGUGAUAUUGUCAAGGCUUAUAUUGAGGAGGAGGGAUCUUUCUACCUGUGCGGUCCCACUUGGCCGGUGCCGGAUGUUACUGCUGUGUUGGAGGAGGCGAUUGCUACUGAGGCUAAGCAGAGCGGGCGGAAGGUUGAUCCCAGGAAGGAGAUUGAGAGGCUGAAAGAGGACGGAAGGUAUGUGUUGGAGGUGUACUAA